AUGGCCGCGGUGGGGCUGUCCGACGCGGAGUUGCGGGCGGAACUGCUGGCUCUGGGCUACCAGCCGGGGCCCAUCACUGAUUCCACCCGCAAGCUCUACGCCAAGAAGCUCACCCGCCUGCGGGCUGAGGUGGCCGCUGGGCUGAGGAGCCGCGGGAGCCGGCCGAACCCUCGGGGCUCGAGCAGCCCCGCGAGGCCGAAGCCGGCCGCCAGCGGCAGCCCCGGAGUCGCCCCUCGGGCCCGCGGCCUGGUUAGGAGAGAGAGCGAGGAUGACGAGAGCGAGGAAGAGGAGGAGGAGGAGGGCGGCGGCGGCUACCGGCCUCCUGGCAGGGACGCCGCGCUGGCGAGCAAAGCGCUGCCUCCGAGAAACCACUGGCGGACAGAGGGCGGGGGGGCUUCCGGCAGGAGCCCGCUGGCGGCAGGAGCCGGGAUGGGCCCGAGCAGCUCUUGGGCGGGAAGAAGCGGCUCAACCCCGAAAAGGCUGGAGACGGGAGGAGGGUGGGCAUCUCGUUAUCCGAGAGACCCCCCAGACAGGCUCCCUUCCAGCAGCCAGUAUGGGGGGACAUCGACAGGAGGAGGAGGAGGAGUGGGGCUACGUUCUAGCACAUGGUGGGAGAAGAGGGAGCAGGGCGCGACCCCCAGCGCCCCUUGGGAAUCAGUCACGGGAGGAAGCAGUACAGGCUUUAGUAAUAGGGCCUAUUUGGAGACCGAAAGGAGGAUGACUCCCAGCUCUUAUUUGGGAUCAGGCAGAGAGGGGUUGAGCUGUAGGGCCCCAUGGACAGCGGAGAAAGAAGCGGGGCUGUCUUCCAGAAGUGCCAAAACCCAGUGGAGUUCAGGGAGAGGAUUAAGCCGCAGUGCCCGUUGGGAUGGCACACGUCAAGACAUAGGUUUGAGAUCCAAAAUUCAGGGCGCAGGAAGAAAGAACAGGGGCCUGGAAUUUUAUCUCUCUUGGUUCUUGUGGCUGGCAACCAUAGGGCUGUUGGUCAUUUUCUUGGGCAUCCUUUGGGUGAAGAUGAUGGGACCUGCCCGACUGCAAGGGGCUGAGGACUUGAAGCUGUUGCCCAUGGAUUGUUCAGAAAGGACAGAUGAUUUCUGUAAAGCAAAACAGGAAGAAGGAGUAAUGAACGUAUUAUAUGAGUUAUAUACUUACCUAGCAAUACAGGCUGGCAAAUUUGAGUGUGGAAAUGCUGAGAAUCUAGAAAGUAAAUGCAUUCAGGUUCAAGAAGCAAAAGAUUAUAUAGAGAAUAUGACUGGCAGCUCUGCAGAGAAGUUUAGGGAUGCCUUGCAGUGGUUAUUGAACAAUCAGAAAGAUUCAGGUAUAUGGUUACAAGGUGACGAUCCUUCAGAAGAAAUUACAUCUGUGGACCAGGUGAUUUGCCUUGAGUCUACCCGUCCUCGAAUGAGUUUAGGAUGCCGUUUUCACCGAGCACUAUGCACAGCCAUGACAAACCUAUUUAUAUUCUUUUGGAGUUUAGCUUUCCUUUGGGGGGUUUUGAUUCUCUUGAAGUAUUACUGGCGGAAAAGAGAAGAGGAGGAGCGGGCCAUGUAUAAAAUGGUACAGAAAAUAAUAGCUGCCGUCCAGAAUCACUACAAAGAGUGGGAGCAGAAUUUGGAACGGUACCCCUAUGUAGGCAUCCUGCACAUCAGAGACACACUCAUCCCACCACAGGACAGGAAAAUAAUGAGGCGAGUUUGGGACCGAGCAGUGGAUUUCCUCGCUUCAAACGAGUCACGGAUUCAGACCGAGUCGCACAGAGUAGCGGGAGAGGAUAUGCUUGUGUGGCGUUGGACGCAGCCUUCUUACCUCUCUGAUUCGGAGCACUAGCCCUGAAGAAAGGCCAAACCAGCAUUGCAACACUGUGCAGGGGCCAUGUGCUCCAUCCUAGGUCGGGAAAGGGGCUGUCUCUACUCAGGUGUGCUCUUUGACACCAUUGUUCAAGUGUAUGAGAAGGAAAA